AUGGAGAGAGAAGUUUCCACAGAGAGUGAGAGGGGAAGCACUGUCUCUUCAACCAAACAACCACAACACAACACUGAGACAGCAGAUAAGAGGUCUGUCCGGCAGAGAUCAAACAGGACACCUGUACCCAGCUGUGUGUCCAUGAAGAGUGACCAGUCUAUGGGUCAUCCAAUAAAAUUCAGUGAAGAAAACUCUCACACUGAACAAAGGGAUAAACAGAUUCAUCAGGAUAAAAUAACUGUGUCAUCUGUUUUUAAGGAGCUGGAAAAGAAAAUCAUCACUUUUGUGAAAAGUGAACUGAAGAAAUUAGAGAAUGUGUUGAGUCCAAAUUACAGAGACAGUUUCCAGAGAGAGAAAGAGGAUGAGACCAGUGCCAGAGAGGGAGUUCUGAAGAUCACACUGCACUUCCUGAGGAACAUGAACCACAAUGACCUCGCUGACACACUGGAGAAAAAUGAGCUGAUGGUAACUUGUCACCAUGAACUGAAGUCAGAUCUGAAGAGGAGGUAUCAGUGUGUAUUUGAGGGAAUAGCAAAACAAGGAAACCCCACACUCCUCAAUAAGAUCUACACAGAGCUCUACAUCACAGAGGGUGGAAGUGGAGAGGUCAAUAAUGAACAUGAGGUCAGACAGAUUGAGACAGCAUCCAGGAGACCAGCAACAUCAGAGACACCAAUACAAUGCAAUGACAUCUUUAAACCCUUACCUGGACAAGACAAACCCAUCAGAACUGUGCUGACAAAGGGAGUUGCUGGCAUUGGAAAAACCGUCUCUGUGCAGAAGUUCAUUCUGGACUGGGCUGAAGGAAAAGCUAAUCAGGAUAUCCAGUUCAUUUUUCCACUUCCUUUUCGGGAGCUGAAUUUGAAAGAGGGAGAACACAGUUUGAUAGAUAUUAUUCAUGAUUUUUUCCCAGCGACAAAGGUACUGAAAUUUACCAACAAUGACAAAUUCAAAAUCAUGUUCAUCUUUGAUGGUUUAGAUGAAUGUCGAUUUCAUCUGGAUUUCCAGAAAAAUAAGAUUUUGACUAAUGUAACAGAAUCAAGCUCAGUGAAUGUUUUGUUGACAAACCUCAUUAAGGGGGAUUUGCUUCCCUCUGCUCUCCUCUGGAUAACCUCCAGACCAGCAGCAGCCAAUCAAAUCCCUCCUGUCUGUGUUGACCAGCUGACAGAGGUACGAGGGUUUAAUGACCCACAGAAGGAGGAGUAUUUCAGGAAGAGAAUCAGUGAUCAGAAUCUGGCCAACAGUAUCAUCACACACAUCAAAUCAUCAAGGAGCCUCCACAUCAUGUGUCACAUACCAGUCUUCUGUUGGAUUUCAGCCACUGUUCUAGAGAGAAUGUUGGGAGAGGCACAGAGUGGAGAGAUCCCAAAAACUCUGACUCAAAUGUACACACACUUCCUGAUCUUUCAGACCAAACAGAGGAAUCAGAAAUAUGAUGGACAUUAUGAAAUGGAUCCACAAUGGAAAAAACAGAGCAUUUUGUCACUGGGAAAACUGGCUUUUCAACAGCUGGAAAAAGGCAACCUGAUCUUCUAUGAGGAAGACCUGAGAGAGUGUGACAUUGAUGUCAGAGAGGCAUCAGUGUACUCAGGAGUCUGCACCCAGAUCUUUAGAGAGGAGACUGGGCUGUUUUAUGGGACUGUGUACAGCUUUGUUCAUUUGAGCAUUCAGGAGUUUCUGGCAGCUUUAUAUGUGUACAUGUCUCUCAGCAACAGCAACACCAAUGUUCUUGUCCAACAGCAAACAUCACUGGAUGAAUCUAAUGAAACAGUGAGCAGUUUGCUCAAGAGUGCAGUGGACAAGGCCUUACAGAGUGAGAAUGGACACCUGGACCUUUUCCUCCGCUUCCUUCUGGGUAUCUCACUGGAAUCCAAUCACACACUCUUACGAGGCCUACUUACACACAGAGGAGGCAACUCGUACAGCAAAGAGGAAACACUGAAGUACAUUAAGAGCAAAUUUAGAGAGAAUCCAUCUCCAGAGAGAUCCCUCAAUCUGAUCCACUGUUUGAAUGAACUCAAUGACCAUUCUCUAGUGGAGGAGAUCCAAAGCUACCUGAGCUCAGGAAAUCUCUCCAGAGCUGAACUCUCUCCUGCUCAGUGGUCAGCUCUAGUCUUUGUAUUACUGACAUCAGAGGAGGAGCUGGAUGUGUUUGACCUGAAGAAGUUCAUCAGAUCAGAGGAGUGUCUUCUGAGGCUGCUGCCAGUGGUUAAAGCCUCCAGAACAGCUCUGCUUAACAGUUGUGACCUAACAGAGAAAAGCUGUUCAGCUCUAGUCCCAGUUCUCAGUUCAGACUCCUCCAGUCUGAGAGAGCUGGACCUGAGUCACAAUAAUCUGCAGGAUUCAGGAGUGAAGGUGCUCUCUGCUGGACUGGAGAAUCCUCACUGUAAACUGGAGACACUGAGACUUUCAGAUUGUUGUAUAAGUGAGGAAGGAUAUGCUGCUCUGGCUUCAGCUCUGAGAUCAAACCCCUCACACCUGAGAGACCUGGACCUCAGUGGGAAUGAUCCUGGAGACUCAGGAGUGGAGCUGCUCUCAGCUUUACUAGAGGAUCCACAUUGUAAACUACAGAAACUGAGGCUGUUGAAAAGUCCUGUUGCAGAGGAAGCCUGUGCUGCUCUGACUUCAGCUCUAGGUAAAAACCCCUUACUGCUGACAGAACUGGAUCUGAGUCAUAAUAAAGCAGGAGACUCAGGAGUGAAGCAGCUCUCUGCUCUGCUGGAGGAUCCACACUGCAGACUACAGAAACUGAGACUUUCAAACUGCAGUAUAACUGAGGACGGAUAUGCUGCUCUGGCUUCAGCUCUGAGAUCAAACCCCUCACACCUGAGAGAGCUGGACCUCAGUGGGAAUGAUCCUGGAGACUCAGGAGUGGAGCUGCUCUCAGCUUUACUAGAGGAUCCACACUGCAAACUGCAGAAACUGAGGCUUAACAGUUGUAACCUAACAGAGAAAAGCUGUUCAGCUCUAGUCCCAGUUCUCAGCUCAGACUCCUCCAGUCCGAGAGAGCUGGACCUGAGUAACAAUAAUCUGCAGGAUUCAGGAGUGAAGGUGCUCUCUGCUGGACUGGAGAAUCCUCACUGUAAACUGGAGACACUGAGACUUUCAGACUGCAGUAUAACUGAAGAAGGUUAUGCUGCUCUGGCUUCAGCUCUGAGAUCAAACCCCUCACACCUGAGAGAGCUGGACCUCAGUGGGAAUGAUCCUGGAGCCUCAGGAGUGGAGCUGCUCUCAGCUUUACUAGAGGAUCCACACUGUAAACUGCAGAAACUCAGGCAGAACAGCCCCAGUGAUUCUGUACUGUUUUUACCACCUGUUGGAGAGGCUUUGAUCAGUCACAGUGGAGUUGCUGUACCAGACUGUGGAGUACAGCACACAGCCCUGUGGGGCACCAGUGUUCAGUGUGAGUGUGGUGGAGGUGUGGUCCCCCAUCCUGACAGACUGGGGUCUGUCAGUAAGAAAGUCUAA